GCCUGCAGUAUUGACGCCACCAAAACAAGCUGAGAGGUGACCAUCUUUCCAGGCGCCUCCUCUAUGCCUUCAACCCUAGAACAACUUCACUGACAGCCAAUCCAUCACUCAUCUUCAAAACCCUAAACUCUGAUUAAUUUUUUUACCUUCACUAGCUCUUCUUUUCCAUAUACUGAAAUAGUGAAAUGGUAUGACUAAAAACCGGCUUUUAAUCCUAAGAUCGAUUCGAACACUACGAUCGGUGACCGGAGAUAAUGCCCUUGUGGGUUCAACGGGUGUCCAAUAUUUCCCUCAUUGCUCGUUUUCAUACUUCAAAAUCUCUCCCUUCAUACGGUCCCGAAGCGAUUUGGUUCACUAAAGUUGUAUGUCUCCUCUGUUUUCACCAUUCUCAAUCUCUUGAUGUAUUCACUUCUGAUUUUUUUCGUCAGAAUUUGGACCCCCAUAUUGCUUUCAACGUUAUUCACCAUAUUAAUACCAAUUUGCGUAACCCCAGAUUGGCAUUUAAUUUUUUUAAACACACUAGGGUCAAUUUGAAUCUUAUUCAUUGUAUUGGCACUUUUAAUUUGCUUUUAAGGUCACUUUGUCAAAUGGGGUUUCACGAUUCAGCUAUGUUAGUGUUCAAGUAUAUGAAAGCUGAUGGGGUUUUACUAGAUAGUUCGAUUUUGGAAAUUGUAGUAUUAGCACUUGCAAAUGCGGGCAAGUUUGGCAUUGCCAAAGAAAUUUUGAUUUCGCAAGCUGAGUUAGGUAGUGAGGAAGGUAGUGUUGUUGUUCGGCCCUUUGUACAUAAUAGUCUUUUGAGUUUGUUAAUGAAGCGAAAUCAGGUAGAUGGGGCUGUUGAUUUUUUUAAAGAUCACAUUUUGAGGUCGGAGCGAUUGUUUCCAGACACCUGCACUUUUAACAUUGUGAUUCGUGGGCUUUGUCGAGUUGGAGGAGUUGAUAAGGCAUUUGAGUUUUUCAAUGACAUGGGAAGUUUUGAUUGUUUCCCUGAUCUUGUUACGUAUAACACUCUUAUAAAUGGGUUAUGUGGUGUUGGUCAAGUGGACAGGGCGCGAGGUUUGUUAAGAAGUCUUGAGUUACAAGAUGGAUAUUCACCUGAUGUUGUGACAUAUACGUCUGUUAUCUCUGGUUACUGCAAGUUGGGCAGGAUGGAUGACGCUAUAAAUCUGAUGGAUGAAAUGAUUACUUAUGGUAUUAGUCCGAAUAUGGUUACUUUUAACAUUCUCAUUAAUGGUUUUGGGAAGAUAGGAGACAUGUUUUCAGCUCAAAAAAUGUAUGAGAGAAUGUGUGCUUUUGGUUGCCCUCCUGAUGUUGUUACCUUAACUUCUCUCAUUGACGGCCAUUGUCGGACGGGGGACUUAGACCAGGGUUUAAGGCUCUGGGAUGAAAUGAACGCCAGAAAUUUGUGGCCGAACUUAUAUACUUUCUCUGUUCUUAUUGGUGCUAUGAGCAAGGAGAAUAGGCUAAAUGAAGCUCGGGUAUUAUUGAGGCAAUUGAUAUUGAGGGAUGAUAUUGUCCCCCAACCAUUUGUAUACAACCCUGUGCUUGAUGGGUUUUGCAAGGCUGGUAAUUUGAACGAAGCAAAUGUGAUUGCAGCAGAAAUGGAGAGCAAAGGGUGUUGCCAUGAUAAAUUCACCUUUACCAUUCUCAUUCUCGGGCAUUGCAUGAAAGGAAGAAUGCUUGAAGCUAUGGCAAUUUAUGAUAAGAUGAUGUCAUUGGGUUGUGUGCCCGAUGAAAUCACAGUAACUUGUUUGACUUCAUGCCUUUUAAAAGCUGGCAUGGCAAAGGAAGCUUAUAAAGUAAGGCUCACUUCACCAAAGGACUUGAAAUCGGAUUUAUUAUCUUCAAAGCAAUCUGUACCAUUCAGGACAAGAUUGGAUAUCCCAGUGGCUGUUUAAUUAAAAAAUUUAUUUGGUUCCUUAAGCAUUGCUGAAGGAACAUGCGGGUCUUUGUUCCUUUGAAGUGCUUCAGUACUCAAGGAAGAUUGCUUCAGCAGUUUCUAUCAAGAACUCAAGCAACAUGAUCAUUAUUCUUUCUUUAAGCUGCUAGGAGUUUCCCUGCACAUUGAACCCAUGUUGGCAUCUUUGGUUAUUCUGGUCGGCAUCCUUGAUGCUAGGUUCCCUUUACUGGGUUUAUACAAGAUCUUCAAAAUUUGACCCGUUUUCAGAAUACUUUCUUCACAAGCUGCGGCUAUAUAUGUGCCUUCGUGUUCUAGGUCUCCUUUAAUGUCGAUACAAUACGGUACUUGUAUCAAUGCCUAACAGACACGAUAUUCAAACCCUUCAGGUGGAGACACGAAGGUUGGGUCGAGGAAGGAAGAUUUGGUGGUGGAAGAAAGUGUACUAUCCUCAGCCCUGAAGCCAUGGGAUUCCAUUGGUUAAUAGACAUCAAGGUUCAAGGGACAGACAUCUCAUUAAUGCCUAACAAAGACAAACUACAUUCAAGCCGUUCAGGUGGUACACACGAAUUGACUGGGUUGCAGAGGAAGUUGUGCUAUGCUCAUCCCUGAAGCAAUGUGAAUUCCUUUGCAAAGGGUUAAUUCACUAUCGAGAUUCAAGGGAGCAUAAUGCGUAUGCACUACAGGCUAAGAUUAAAAAAAGUUGAUCUGCCUUCAAGUGUACACUGAUGUGAUGACAAGUUUACUGUACAAUUUGUGGAUCUUGUUACCGCUGUAUAUUGAAGUCAGUCGCUAUAUAUGUACAUCUGAGACGCAAUGCACGAGUCUCAGAAUCAUUGUCUUUGAUGUAUGUUGAAGUCAGUCGCUAUAGUGAUAGUAUUAUUUUCAGCCUUAGUAACUUUUAUUACCACUUAGCUACCCACAAAAACUACGACCAGCAGGGGAAAACCAAUGAUGGUACCUGUUACUCAAUAUUUUAUCUUGUGAAGAAAGUAUCGAGCAUCAGGAAAAACAUAGUACAGUAGUAAUUAUCAAAUGAGUCUUAAUUGGAGGUUGAUGCGAUUGAA